UCCCAUGCAGUUUAUCCAGUGCAAGCCAUGAAGAGUCCCUUGAAAUUGCUGCAAGGGAUUUAAUGCUCCCUAAUGCAACUACUGCAAGAUUCUUUCUCUUCUAGGGAGAUAGGUCCAUACCAGAUUGAUUCCAUCAGGAUUCUUUGCAUAAAUGGAAAAUAGACCAGUGACUCGCAUUGAACACUACCUCCUUUCUUUCCACAGGAGACACAUCUGAAACAAAAACUAAGUACCAAUGCAAUUCCAAGUGAUGGGCAGACAACCAUCCUGUAAAGGUCAUAGCUAUAAUCUUCACUGAUACUCCUCUAAGGCCAAGAUCUGAGACUGAUUUAUCCAAAUACUUCUAAAGGCAAAGCCUUCAAGCUAUGAAAGAGUGCAUAUAAUACAAUUCCCAGGGAAUACAGCUUGCAAUGACCUUGCUCGUGUUGCAGAGGCCAGGAUCUGCUGACAGGUGCAUCGUGGUAUGAUGGAGACUGUAGCACAAGUGAAUGCUGGUGGUAGCGUCUGUCAUCUGCUGUCAUACCGAGAGAUACGGAUAUGGUGGAUGGGUACAGCUGGAUCAUCACUGCAAGGGACAGGCAAGGAUGAUGAAGGAUGGAAAGGUUUUUAGAGUUAUUCAAGAGAACUGCUGGGAUCCAGAAGUACGGAUUAAGGAGAUGGACCUCUCAGGAGUCACAGUCCAAGUCCUUUCCACAGUCCCUGUAAUGUUCAGCUACUGGGCCAAACCUCAGGAUACUUUAGAUCUAUCCCAGAUAUUAAAUAAUGACUUAGCUGCUACAGUAAAAAAGUACCCCAAGAGGUUUAUUGGCUUGGGUACGUUACCUUUGCAAGCUCCAGACCUGGCUGUGAAGGAAAUGCAUCGGUGUGUGAAUGAACUUGGCUUUCCUGGAGUACAAAUAGGAUCUCAUGUCAACGACUGGGACCUGAAUGCACCAGAACUGUAUGAUAUUUAUGCUGCUGCUGAACGAUUAAAUUGCUGUCUUUUUGUACAUCCCUGGGACAUGCAACUAGAUGGAAGGAUGUCCAAGUACUGGUUUCCGUGGCUGAUAGGCAUGCCAGCAGAAACAACCAUGGCAAUUUGCUCCAUGAUUAUGGGAGGAAUUUUUGAAAAAUUUCCUAAGCUGAAAGUUUGCUUUGCACACGGAGGUGGAGCUUUUCCAUACACAGUGGGGCGAAUCUCCCAUGGAUUCAACAUGCGCCCUGAUUUGUGUGCAGUGGAUAAUAAGGUGGAUCCAAGAAAAUACCUUGGUUCAUUUUACACAGACUCUCUUGUCCAUGAUAGCGGUGCACUAAGGCUUCUAACAAGUGUAAUAGGAGAGGACAAAGUUAUUUUAGGGACAGAUUACCCUUUUCCACUGGGGGAACUGGAACCUGGAAAACUGAUUGACUCCAUGGAAGAUUUUGACCAUAAGCUGAAGGAUAAACUCAAGGCUGGCAAUGCUCUGGAAUUUUUGGGUCUUAGCAGAAAACAAUUUGAAUGAUUAUGAAGAUAUUAAAAAGACCAAACUUCAGAUAAAACAUUGACUCCUUAGGGAUACUUCAACUCUGCAUGUGCAAUUGUACUGUGAAAAAUAAAUUUGACAAGUACA